AUGGACGGAACCAUCAAGGCACUUGACGUCGGCCGUGAUGGCGAGAUUGCGUGGGAGGCGAAUUUCGAUGCUCAACCCCUCAUGAGUGGAUCCAUCGGUAAAGUUCAGCCAAUGUCCUCCGAAGGAAGAAGCAUCCAACUGGUCCCAGCGCUCGACGGAUCGCUCUACAUGUACAGCGUUGACGAGCGAAUCCUCGAACCAAUUCCGCUCAACACCGAGUCGUUGCUUCAAGCUUCUCUAAGGAUUGGGCACGAAGCGGUGGCUGGGGGCAAGGUUGUGACGACCACUGGAGUUGAUCCGGUGUCCGGCAAGGUGCGCUACCACUGCAGCCUCGACCAAUGCGACAAGCUCUCCACCGAUGAAGCGCAUGCGACUUUGGUUUUCCGAAGGACAGGGAACUCGAUUCGAGCUAUGGAUGGACUUACAGGCUCGGAAAGUUGGAACCUUUCGAUUGCUGAAUACGAAGCCACACUGCUUAUCAAAGAACGCGCUAACGUGAAGAAAGCGGCACCACGUUUUUCUUAUCGAGUUAGUCCUCCUGAAGGCAUCAUCACCGCCUAUGAUAGCUGUGGUGAGAAAUGGACGAUCAGCGUCGGCAAGCACGUGGCUCAUUUGUGGGAGAUGAGUGGCAGCGAGAUAAGAGAGGUUUCGCUGUUUGAGUCAAGAAAUAUACAUACACUCUCCGCGGAAGAUGAGAUCGCGGCUCGGCAUAAGAUGCCGGUCCAGGAGACUGAAUCGUUAUUUUAUCUUGGAACCUUCAACAACCUUCCUUUCAUUAUCCACUCGCCAUAUCUGAAAUCUGAGUCCUUACGGUUGGGCUCUAAGCCUUCCAGAGAAUUCAUCGAAGGGCGUGAGCGACAACUCCUUCCAGCAGUCCGAAAGACCUAUUUCGAAGAGCCCACCACACUUGUCGAUAUGCUUUCGAACUCCUACAAAGGAUUGGUGGCAAAACGAGUACAAGCUGCAGAAAAUGACAACAACAAACAAGUGGCGAUUCGAAAGGAACGCGACCGACGAUCGUGUUUCUAUGAUGAAGACGUUGCCUUGAUUGGCCAAUCGGACAUUCGAAGCGCGAAGUUCCCCGCACCAUCGGAUGAUGAAGCCACGACAGAUGACGGCUACUUUAUCAUGCGCCGUACAUCCCCGCGACAAGACUGGUUACGUCGCUCCAACAGCAUAAUGCCCAAUAUCAGACGCCGCCUUCGUGUGGAUGAGAAUGUCAGCGGGUGGUGGAGAGCAAUUGCACUUGGUGUGACGAUCUUUGGAGGAAUUAUAAUAGGCGCCCUGUAUCGGUCGUUCGAUCGCUUACGUGAAUACCGCCGUCGCCCACAGUUGGAAGCCAUUAGAUCCCCCGAGUCCGUCGAAACAUUGUAUCCAGCGGAGACUCCUGCUUCAGGAAGUACAACUGCUACCGAGGAAGUACUUCAACGCUUGGCGCCAACGAAAUCCGUAUCGACUGAUAUCUCCUCGGGUCCAGCUCCGGUCACAACAAGAAGCAGCAACCAGAGCUUCACCGAAGCACCUUUUGAAUCGAAGUUCUCUCAGGACUUCGAAGUCCUUCGAUUCCUGGGCAAAGGAGGCUACGGGGUUGUUUUCUCUGCCAAAAACAGAAUGGACGAGAACGUGUAUGCCAUCAAGAGAAUCGCUGUCGCGCAGGAUAGAGCUAUCGAGCGUGUGCUUCGUGAGGAAGACAGUGAUAAAGAGAUGCUAAAGGCCCUCCGUCUGGCCAAGAAGAACAAGGAAAACGGUAUUGACGAGGAGAGCCACCAACUUGAGAAUAUCAGCCUCCCACCUGCGGUAGGGGAGAGCCAAGGCCCGAAACGUGAGGUUCUACCGGACGACCCGCAACCCAGCCAGGAUACAAAUGUUGAUAAUAGCAUGGAACGCUUCAACCCACUACGCCCUGAUACUCUGGAACCAAUCCCAUCCGAUCCGAACCAGGUCUCGAACGUAUCGGAUUCCGGCUCUUGGCUUGGCGGUGAUAAAGAAGGAGACAAUCCAGCUUCUUCUUCUACCUCAUCGGAUAGUUCAGAUGACGAACGUUCUUCUGGAAAUUAUAAAGCUCCCCUGAAAGACGAGUCUUCGAUGAUCAUCUUCGGCGAGGCAUCAACCUCAAACCGAACCCGCCAGAAGUCCUUCAAAUCAACUUCUUCGCAAGAAGUUUCGCGCAUCGAAGCCCCAGCGGUGCUCAUCACCUCACAGGACAACGAUCUGCUCCCAUCGAAAGAUCGAGAGAUCAAGUCCCAUGCAUAUGUGUAUAUUCAAAUGCAGCUAUGUCAGUCCAAGACCCUCUCCGACUGGUUGAAGCGCAACUCAACAUUCGAUGCCAGGAAUUUACAUCGUAUGCGCAGCUGGUUCCAACAACUUGUCGAAGCUACACAGUACAUCCAUGAACAGGGGAUGAUUCAUCGUGAUAUCAAGCCCCAAAAUAUCUUCUUCGCUUCGGACGAUGUUUUGAAAAUUGGCGAUAUGGGGCUGGUCUCCAAAAACUUGAGUGCUGAGGAUGAAUUUGCGGGUAUAGCGGCAUUUGAAGAUAUGAGACACACAGGUAAUGUUGGUACGAAGAGCUACAUGAGCCCAGAGCAGCUUGCCCAUAAGCCAUACACGUUGAAAGUGGAUGUCUUCUCGCUUGGGGUGGUGUUCGUCGAGAUGAUUUUACCAUUCGCGACAGCUAUGGAGCGGCUACAAACCUUGGCACAACUUCAAAAAGGAAAGGUUCCGCCGGAGUUGGACAACUUCCCCAAAGAGAAAGAAUUCGUGCAGCUGCUGUGUGCCAAAGACCCAACCCACCGACCAACAUGCUCUCAAGUGCUCGAAAGCGCAUAUAUUCAGGGAGAAUGCCUCCGGAGGCGUCGCCUUUCCCGACAACCAUCUUCUAGACAUAGUGAUGACGAUUCC